UUAACAUUUGAACAAUCAUUUCACAGGGCAAAUUAAAUCGUGUGUAUAUACAUACAUAUAUGCUGAUUUUGCAGAAGCAAAAGCAAGAUUUGGCGAGGGAACUGAAUUUAAGGCCUCGACAAGUUGAGGUGUGGUUUCAGAACAGAAGAGCCAGGAUGAAGCUUAAGCAAACGGAAGUAGACUGCGAGUUCUUGAAGAAAUGCUACGAGACGCUGACGGACGAGAACAAGAGGCUGGAGAAGGAGCUACAAGAACUGAAAGCGCUAAAACUAGCGCAGCCCUUGUACAUGAUGCAAUUGCCAAUGGCUACACUGACCAUGUGCCCUUCUUGUGAAAGGGUCGGCAGAGUUGGUGAAAACUCUUCCAGUAAGAGCCCAUUUUCCAUGGCCCCAAAACCACACUUCUUUAAUUCCUUGACCAAUCCAUCUGCAGCUUGUUAGCUAGCUUUUAAUGUAGCGAAAGAGA